AUGACAAUGUCUUAUACAAGUUCUAAUUAUAAUAGGAUUAUAAUCAAUUUUAUUUCUUACAUAAUCAUCUAAUAUUUUGUUUAAAACGUAUAUUAUUCAAUGGUCACUGAAGAAGAAAUCAUUUCUUAUUCUUAUUUACCAUUAUGGGCAUGGUGUUAUUUAUGUAUAACUGGUAUAAUAUUUCUUUGUACAUUAUGUACAUUAUGUUAUUUACAAAAAUGGUUAUGCUUUAAAAUAAUAAUGGAAAAACGUUGGUGUGUUAACAAUUCAAUUGAUACGGGUACUGAUUUCAGUGAAUAUACCGAUAAUAAUCAUAAUAUUACGUGAUCAUUGUAAAUCCAUGAUGAUAAACAAAAUUAUCUUUCCUUAUUGUAAAGAUCAUUGAAUCUUUUUCAAUGAAUGAAGCAUUUUCAACUAAAUAUUUGUAUAUUAUUGA